AUGUCGACCGGUUUUGAUGAUUUGUUGAAUCAGACGCACAAACUUAGGGCGGAAAUGGAGAUUGGGGAGGAUUUUCCGAGAAUCGAAAGAAAUUUAGUUCAAAUCCGUGAUGCCGCCUUUAAAAUGGCCACGAAGACCCCGUCAUUUAACGCAGAAAAAACUGACAUCAAAGCGGCCUUGUUACUGAGUUCCCGUGGUUAUGAUGUCAGCAAAUCUACUCAAAAGUUGGAAAGUCUGAACAGGACAAAAACUUUUGAACCUCUGGAACCGAUAAAAGAUGUCGACAUACAGGCUUUUUUAAAAAAUGAAUACGAGAAUGCAGUUCUAACAGCAGUCGAACAUACAAAGAAAAAAACAUUUGAGGAGGCCACUGAAGCGCAUUGGGAGAUGCACGAGAGAGAGUGGGAGAAGGAGAAAAGAAAAAUUAUGAACUCUCUGGUAGAUUUGGCAGAUGAAAAUCUAGAUUUUUCCACCGUUUCAGAGCAGUCAUUUAGUAGGACAAUGCCCAUGGAUGUUAGUUGCAGAAAAGUGGAGGAGCAGAUGGGUGAUAACGUUAUCUAUUUCGUGCAGAUACAGCAGUACAACGAGUCUUCCAUGAAAGCCGAUGCGAGGAAUGUUUUACUGGAUGCCAUUAAAAAACUCGAUGAUCAGAACCUGCAAGAAACAUGGUGGAUGGUGGAUAGCCUGUCAAGCAUUACGGGCACAUCAACCAAUAAAUUCUCUUCCUCUCACAGAUCCUCACCAUCUUACCAGUCGUCUCUCAUUCGCCAGUCUCUCUCUCACCUUGAAAAAACUAACGUCAAACAGAUGGAACGUUUGGUGUCGAUGAACUUGCAAUAUGCUCAGAGGGGAGGAAUACCUGGCACCUACAACCUCAUCAAGAGUUUGUUCAACAUUAAGUUCGGUGCCGGUGGACGUGGUGCUAGCUAUGAGAAUGAUUUGAUUGAUGGCUAUCCUGCCUGGGCCUUUGUGUAUCACUGUUUGAGAUCUGGCGAUAAGGCAGCUAUCAAUCAAGUUAUCAAUAAAUCAAGAAACGUCAUUGGCGAUUUUGCAAACUACCUCACAGAGUACACCUCAUCAGAUGAUAGAAGAUUGUCGGCUGGCUCUGAAAGAGAAGUGAGAUUGCAGUAUAGGAGAACCAUUUCCUCAUCUAAGGACCCAUAUAAGAGAAUUGUGUACUGUGUAGUAGGCAGAUGCGACUGUAAUGACGAUCACGCCGAUGUAGCGACGACAACGGAUGAUUACCUGUGGCUGAAACUUUCACAAGUUGUCGUCGCUCUCGACAGUAACGACUUCUCAAACACCGUUGAUACUUUAUCACUGGGCCAGCUACAGAUCAUGUUGUUUGAGACUUAUGGAGAAAACCACUUCAACGCCAGUCAGGACCCGUUACUCUACUUCCGUAUUCUCAUGCUAGUUGGUCUCUUCGAGGCAGCCAUUGAGUUUCUAUCGAGAUUCGACGUCUACCGGGAUGUGUCCGUUCACAUUGCCAUCGUCAUGAAUGCCUGCAACCUCCUGCUGUUGCCUGCUAAUGUCAAUUCCCAUCUCUUAACGAGAGACCAAUCAGACGGCCACCCAAUCAGACGACUGAAUUUCGCGCGACUAAUCAUGCUGUACGCUUCAAAAUUUGAACGCUCCAACCCAAUCAAAGCCGUCCAUUAUUAUUACCUCCUGAACGAUCUGACCAAUCAGGAAGGAGAUAAUUUGUUCGACUCGUGCAUCAGUGAAGUUGUCAUCAACACCAGAGAGUAUGAUCUUCUGCUGGGCCAGUUGCAGUUGGAUGGUUCAAGGAAGCCGGGGCUACUUGAUCAGUUGAAUGUCAAUGUCAACAAAAUUAUCGAAAAGGUUGCUAAAGAGCUUGAGAGUACUGGUCAGUUGAAUGAUGCGGUCAUCUUGUAUGAUCUUUGCAAGAACCAGACAAAAGUGAUCGACCUGUUGAACAAAUUACUGUCUCAAAUUAUAUCAUCUCCUACUAGACGGUCAAGUGACAACAUCAAAAAAAUUGCCAUCUCUGUAGCUGAGAGGUUGCAGGGCUCCGGUACGGCAUCCAUUCCUAACGUAGCAACGUUCCACUUGCUUCUUGACCUCAUGACGUUUUUCAGUUACUACUACGAAAAUUGCAUUGAAGAUGCUUACAAUGUGAUAAAGGAGUUGAAGAUAAUAUCCCUGACCGAAGACUCAUUAGAGGAUAGACUGAAGAACGUGGGGACCUUGUCAGAUGAGGUUAGGAGGUGUCUUCCUAAUGUACUGCUGGCCACUGCCACCAUAAUUACCCAGCUGUUCAAUCGAGUCAUCGGUCCCAUCGUUAACGACCCUGCCACCAGUAACAAUCUUCUGAGGAGGUACAGAUACGAGAUGCAUUGUCUGGUGUCCUUUUGUGGCUCCAUGCCCUACAGAAUGCCCGCCGACGUCACUGCCAGACUGGUUCAGUUCGAAGCGUCAAUCAAAUGA